AUGGUAGCACCAGAGGACGAGCUCAAAGAAGCUCUUUCAAGUGUUCUCAACACGGGCCUAUAUUCCGACCUGGAAAUCCUCUCUCGAGGUAGGAGUUUCAAGGAGGCGGCGGCCGGGCGGAUAGAUCUUGACGAUGACCAUCCAUUGAUAAUUGAAAAGGCGGUGAACUAUCUUUAUAAACUUGACUAUUCGGACGACGACUACCGUACUGGGCCCCUUUUGCCGGAAGUGGAAGAACAAUCGCUUUUGAGAGAUCCAUGUGCUCUCUUUUCGGACCUCAGUGAUGAAGGCAUGCUGGAAAUCUCCAGUGAGCAUAAGAGCGGUACCCUUCCGCUUUUAUUCAAUGCUCAGAUCUAUGCUUUUGGUGAAAAAUACGGAAUUCCAGGGUUAAAGGAACUUGCAAAGGAGAAGUUCGAAGCUGCUAUUGAGCAUGCUGGAUGCGACCCCAUAGUUUGCUCAGUGGUUAGCCUUGUGUAUAAGUCCACUUGUGACGGAGACCGCGGCUUACGGGAUGUGAUGCUCAGAAUUGCAUAUCAAAAUGCUGCUACUUUAGGACCACAGCCAGAGUUUCAGAGGACCCUUGAAGCACUACCUUCUUUUACACUGGAUCUGGCCCGAUGGCAAAACGACGAAGCUACUGCUAUGACUGCGAGAGGGAAUUCGUUGACCGUCAAGCGCUUCGUCAGCAUGACACGGAUUAUCAUAGCUAUUGUACAGACUGUAAACAGUCAUUUUCCUCAGCCAAGAAAGCCAGGGCGCAUCGUACUCGCAACCAUUGAACACUACAUAAGGCCAGCCGCUGACUUGUCUUGCGACUCUGAUCGGUUUGUCACAAUUCCAUUCCUUCGACGAAAUAUAAAGAGGACUUUCGGGGGAUACGAAGUGCAUGCCAAAAUGACAUUGGAUGAUAUGCAGGAGUAUGGGCGGCAUUUUUUCCUGUGUGUGAUGAAUGAAUGGACGUGGUGA